AUAACCUAGAGCACCGAAAGAGAAACAAGUCACUGACAACCGAUGCAAAUCGCAAACUUGGUAUCACCCUCUCCUUUCCAAAAUGACUCUGGUGUCUUUCAGUUCGCCAGCAUUUAGACACAAAUAGGUUUUGAUAAAUAGACUAGUGGGAGGAAUUUCGCCAGGUGUAUUUUUAUUUUUAAAAACAACUUGGUAAUCACCUUCCGCCGGACCAACAGUGAGAAGAAAUGAUUCUGUUUGCCCUUGCUUUGUUUUGAACAACACACAGUAGAUGUUUUACAGUGUACCGGAUAGGCUCUCUCCUCCCCUGUGCACACCGCGGCUGUACCUGACGAGGAGUCUGGAUUAAGACUGUCGGACUGGGGGUAAAUAAUCUCCACGGGACCGUCACAGGGCGAAAACCGACACAUUGUCUCGCUGUGGGAUUAGUUUUUUACGCCUUUGAAGACGAUGUCUGUCCGAGGAUACUUUGUCGCUUUGAACAAAUGCAUAGUUCUUCUCUGUCUGAGGAUGUUGCUUCUUGUGCCUGCAGGGUUGCCAGUCCGCAGCCAAGGGGAUUCUCAAUCCGACAACAAAGUAAUGGACAAUAUCACCGUCCGACAAGGAGAGACGGUCUUUCUCAGAUGUGCACAGGGGGACGUUGUCACACACACAGCAUGGCUAAACCGGUCAAGUAUACUUUAUGCUGGAGAAGACAAAUGGUCGGUGGAUCCUAGAGUGAGUCUGGUGACCCUUAAUCAAGAGGAGUUUACCAUCAAGAUUGAAAACGUGGACAUGACAGAUGAGGGGCAGUAUGUGUGUGCGGUCCAGACGAGCAGUCGACCAAGAACCACCUCAGUGCACAUCCUUGUCCAAGGUGUUUAAUGUAACACAUCCCCAUUUCCUAACAAGCAUGUCAAUUCUCUAUUCUCUAUUCACAUUUACCAGCAUCACAUCGGAGUACUGAUCUGUUUCAGCCAUACAGUUUAACAGUCUAGUUUUAAACUGGGUUGGUUUGCACUAUAUGAUUAAUGAUGUUAUUCCUGACCAGCACAUGAGGGCAUGAGUGAACAGACCAGAGUAAAAACAGACAUGUGCUCCAUUUAUCGAAUCUCAUUUCCUCAGUCAUUGCUCCACUGGAGCAAUUAUGGGCUAAAUGCCUUGCUCAAGGAGAGGUAGGGGAGUGUGUUCCUCAUUCGCUACGUGAGGUGAGGUUAAUGGGGAAUACCAGGUGUUAAGAUGCUUUGGCUAAAAUUAUGUGUGGAGUUGUGAUAGUGUCCUCAUGGAGAUGCAGGCACAGUAAUGAGAUGGUUUAAUGCUACCAAUGUAUUAUGCAAAUGAUCUGUACAGCAUGCAGUGCUGCUCAUAACACGUCAUCCCCAAGUUCAUUAACAGGAAAAGAAAAAGCUAUUAUUGGCCAAGUUUGGAUUUCUUAUAUUUUCAGUUUUGUUCUGCAACAAGAUGCCAAACAACAAUAAUGC